GCCAAUCUCGGCUGGGCUGGGGUGAUCGGAUGCGAGCUCAACAUAUCUGCUGCUUGCUUGCUGUUCUCUUCUUCUCCAGAACUAGAGGAGGAGGCAAGGAGAGAGAGAAAGGGUGAUGAGCGAAGGGAAGGGGAGGGGAGGGGAGGAUUAGCCAAGGCUGCUGGUGCCGACAUCAUGCAAAGGAGAUUGAGUUCAAGUUGGGUCGUCUGGAAGGUAUUGAUUCGUGUGGACAGCUAGAUGCUGCUCAGAGGAGGAGGUUGUACGAUACACCUUUUUCUUCAAAUGGUACCACUACGAGCUACUACUGGUCUCUGUAAGCUGGCCUGUGUGCGUCCGUGCAGAGGCACGACGCUGCUCUUUGGGUUGGGUUUGAUUGCUGGGCACUGCUUCAGUGAGCCACACACACCAGAGGAGUGUGGCCCUGGCGAGCAGGCGAGUGGGGAGGGGAGGCAAGCGGAGCGGAAGCAGAGCAGAGCAAAGCGCUGCUGGCGUGAUGAGAUGUGUGUUUGUGUAGCCAGCUCUGGAGGAUGAAGAAGAGUUCACAAGUGGAACUAGAAGUACCUGUCUUCGUCAUCCUUUCCUGAUUCACUGCCACCAGCAGCCCCACUACGACCACCAGCACUGCUACUGGAUGCGUGAAUUGCUGCUAUCCAUCUCUGGAACUAUGGACAAUGUGUUGCGGGUUCACAAGACGUACCACCUUCGACACUGAAUUUUGCUCACAGAAUUAUGUCACGCACAAAACCUUGGACUCUUCAGCUACUGGUGGUUUAUCGUCCGUGCACUUGCGGUACAUGAUUGAGGCAGAUUGUGCAUAGGUGUGUGUAUCAGAGCAGGAGCGCGACAAAUCUCUUUACAGGCGAUGCUGACUCGAGAGAUACGUUUCCUUUAAGUAAUUGUUGUGUGCACUACUUGUGUGGGUGGCACUCGACGGGUUUGAGAAGAGCUCAUCGAUGAGCUGGUGUCAUCAGGGAGAGAGCUUCACCAUAUCUGGCGGAUUCAUAUGACCUUGCUCUAUGACCUUCUUCUAUUCGCACGCUGUGCUCUGCCUUGAACGGGGAUUCUGACAGCCAGUUGAGAUUUUCGGCUUCUCAGGACAUAUGAACUUCCCUGUCGUCUUUGCGGUGCCGCGAUUUGAUCGGUACUUACAGACGGAGGGUGAAGUAAGCUCUGGUGGCAUGAUCGGUUGCGGCAGUGAUGGUGCCACCAGUGCAGGGGAAGCAGGGUGUGUAUCGGGCGCCGAUUCCCCACUACCAUACAUCGUUGCAGGGCUUGUGGCUAUGGUGCUGCUCAUAGUUCUAUCCAUGUGUAUUCUGGUCUACUCGUUCUUGAGAAAACAUUAUGGUUCGGAUUCCUUAGAGAGCAAUGGAAACUCUCCACAGAAUUUGAGAUCAGGGCCAAACUAUUCGUGGGCACUUCUUCAGCUCAAAGCUCAAGCACUUGCCUUCACUCCAGAUUCAUGUGAGAGCGAUAAGCUCAUGGUCAUCAUGGCAGGUGAUGAGAAGCCCACAUUCCUCGCCAGCCCUGUUUCUUCCACAGCCCGAUCAACCACCCCUCUGGAAUCGUUUUGCAUCGAGUGCACCAGUAAGAAGUAGGUCUGGACGGGAAUUUGGCUCCUGAGAGCUCCGCCUGUACAUCCACCGAAAUCACAAAUCAAAAGCCGUUUUCAGCUCAGCGAAUCUGCUCUGAAGUCCAUGUUCUUUGCGGACACAAGAGGAAAUAAACCGUCAGAAGAUUAGAGGGGUUGGAAAUGCGGAGGACUGCAUCACUUACUCGGUGCCAAGAGCCCGGACCUUUUUCUCGUCCCUCUUCUUGUGUUACAGCAAAUUUUUCCAACUUUUGCAACCGUCUACAUCUUCAUCCUCUUUCCAGGUCUCCCGGCCUGUGCAGAUCCAAGCUAUAUACACGAGAUACAAGAUGCAUGUCGUGCUUCUUUGUCGAACUUUCGUCCAAACAAAUUGCAGCAAUGCUAGUCGAGGGCGCCAUCCAUCUGCUGUUUGUACAGUUCAGAGUACGGGAUUAUUACCAAGUUUACUCUUUUGAUGUUUUCUCGCAUCUAAAGUAGGUACGCAGUAGCAAUACACGAGUCUAAGUGUAGUGUAGGUGGGAUAGUCAAAAGCUAAAGCUAAGAGAGAUCAUGUUCUACUGGUCGUAGAGAGAGACGCUGCUCUACACUUUAUCCAGCCGUGUAGACAGCUGCAAUGUUGUAGUAUCUUAAGGCACUUUUUGUCGAACCUUCAACUCCACAAGUUGUGAAUGUCAGAAUGUUUUUUUUACACAAUGACAUGUGUAGAUGGAAAUCCG